GACUCAAAACCAAUUCCAAUCGACAACCACUGGAUAGAGACGAACUAUGAUGCUGUGGCUUUAUGGGCAUCCAUGACUUUUUUGGCAGGAGAUGUGGAAAGUCUUGAAGGCCUCCUCUCUGGCCUUCACAUGGGCAAGUCAAAGGGAUGUGCAUCACCAGUAAUGUUGUUGAUUGGAACACACAUCAAUGAUGCCGAUGAAGAAAUGAUCAAGAAGCAGAAUGAAUUUCUGUCUAAAAUGUUUUGUAAUAAAGCAUUUCAGAAGCACAUCCUUCGACCAUCUAACCAGGCUAACGAUUGGUUUUUUCGUGUGGAGAAUUCGGUGUCCGAUCCUGACAGUGCAAGCGAGGAUGCAGGCGUGAGUGCAGUGAAGCAAGUCAUUGAAGAGAUGGCACGUGAUGUGUCACCUAAACCUCUGAUACCAGCCACUUGGUCAGUUCUAGAAAAGAUUCUGGAUUCUUUAGAAAUCAAGUUGGGCACUGCUCUUUCCAAUGUCAACGUUAUCAUGAGUUUUGCCCGUCGAUUGUGUCGAAUGUCAGAAGAGAAAGAAGUUCGUCUUGCUCUGACAUAUUUAGAUGAAGCCGGAUCAGUAAUUUAUCCUCAGAAAAGCGAGAAGCUGAAGAACAUAGUCGUCACCAAACCAAGCUGGAUUUUCAAGGUUUUCUCAGUCGUGGCGUCUGUCACGGAUUGGCCUUCUUCUUUACUGAUGUAUGAUUGGGAUCGAGUUCGGCAAGUAGGAAUUGCUUCUUGGAAACUCAUUCAUUAUCGUCUGGAAGUAGCAGGAGUGAAGCCAGAAGAGUACGAAGAUGUACUCAAUUUGUUGAAUUUCUAUUUUAUUCUGUGCCCCAAUCCUCCACCUCUUCCUUUAUCGGUUUCUUAUAAAACAGAAUACUUUGUUCCAUGUUUGCUAGAAGUCGAGUCAGAGGGUCCAUUUGCAGCUGUUGAUUUGGUUGCUUCUCGGCCAAUGUCACUUAUCAUUUUGUCUGACAAAAUUGAGUUUAUUCCUGAGCAGUUGCAUUUUAGGCUGAUGACGUGUUGCAUUGAGAAAUAUCCUGACGAACCAAUGUUGACACGUAAUAAGUGUGUAUAUCGAGUUGAGAAAGAUGUCAACUUGGAAGUGAUUUAUCACUUGAAGAAAUAUAUCAUUGUCACUAUUGACACACAACGGCCACUUCAUGAAAUUGCAUCUCUGUGUACAGACAUGCGUCUGUUCAUCACUAAAAAGCUGCAUGAAGUGAAGACACCAGGGUUGUCUCGUUUUCAGUUUUCAUUGAAUAUUCAACAUCCCGGACCAGCCAUUCAUGUGGAUAUGAACAAGUUAGUAUGUAUAGACAAGUAUGUACCAAGCGAAGACACAACAUUGAGAAGAAACAUAAGCAGGGUCGAUGUCAAUCUGGAUCACCAUGAGAGAGCUGCAUUAGACUGUUGGUUUUAUGAAGAGAAAGAUGAUGUAGCAGGAAACUCUCAGAAUGAUCGUGUGUCACGAGAGCAAUUUCCCACUUUGGAUAUCUGGGUUAGUGACUCAAGGAAAAUUUUAGAUAUUGAAACUGGAAGUGAUAAACAACAACAAGAUGAACAAACAACAAAAAGUGAAUCUGCUGAUUCAAGUGUGUCAACUCUAACAUCUGGAGUGUGUCAACAUUCACAAAUGUCUAAUCUUGAUGACGAGUUGAAUUCUCAGCUGUUAGUGAAAGUUGCUCGUGAAGUAUCUCACAGCUGGGAGGAAUUCGGGUCUCUUCUGUCAGCAGAUUUGUUUUCUACAAAGAGAACGGACGUUAUCACUGAUACAUACAGAAAGCCAUUCUUGCGUGCUAAAGCCAUGUUAGAAGAAUGGAGAGAGGCAAUGGGCACAAGAGCUACUUGUCACUUGAUUGUUCAAACACUUUUGGAGAUGGGUUUGAGGAAGGAGGCAUGUGAUAUAUUUGGGUCUGAUGUAGUAGAACUUAUUUAUCCAAACAAAUAAUUAAGGUAAUUAUGUGUCACGUGACUUUGAUUUAGGGACAUAUCUUUGUGUCAUUAUUUUAAAAUUUAUUUGUAAAUGUGCUGUAAAGUAUAGCGAUGUGCUAUCAAUGGAAUUGAACAGUAAUAUCUGUAAACAAUAGUUUAUCGAGAU